AUGGGAGCUGUCCAGUACUGCUCCGCGGAGAGGAUAGUGGCGAACGAAUUGACGGCUUGCGCCGUCUUCGUGCUUGCAGUGAUCGGCAGCAGUGCGCGAGAAUCGAGCGUCGUGAGGUUCGCGAAGUCGGACGCAGAGCAGGUGGUUGAGGUAAAGACUUGGAAAGAGUGCUCUCUGAGGGUGCGGCAGAGUAAGGCGAAGACAAGAUUUCAGCUUCAGUUGAUCGAGUGUUCACAAGCAGUAAGCAUUAUUUAG